AUGGCACCGGAAAAACAGAAGGAGAAGGCGCUCAAGAAGGUCAACCUUUUGGACGACAGCGAUUCGGACAGCGAAGAUGGAGGGGCAGACAUCGCGGCGCCGCAGCUGAAGGUCAACGAGGAGUACGCCAAGCGAUUCGAGCACAACAAGAAGCGCGAGGAGAUGCACAGACUCGAGGAAAAGUUUAAAAAGCCUGGCAAAGGCAGGAAGGACGACAACGACUCUGACGCCGACUCGUCGUCCUCAGACGAGACCGAGGACGAAGACGGCUUCCUUGCAACGGAGGACCUGGACGCCCAGAUCUCUGCCACUCUCAGCGCGAUCAAGAACAAGGACCCCCGCGUCCUCGACAAGAACUUUUCCUUCUUCCAGGACGCCGCCGCCGGCCCCGAGGCUACGCCCUCCAAGGUGAAGAAGGAGAAGCCCAUGUUCCUCAAGGACUACCACCGCGAGAAGAUUUUGGCGGGCGGCGUCGGCGCAUCGGACGACGAGGACGACGACGCGCCCCCUCGACCGCCACAGACGUACAACCAGGAGCAGGACGCGCUCAAGAAGUCCAUCAUCUCCGAGAUCAACAAGGCGGCCGACGGCGGCUCGGACGAGGAGGAGGAGGGCGAGGACUUUGUCAAGCGGAAACCGGGACAAAAGGCGGCGAAGCUUGCGGAAGAGAACGGCCCCGCCGUGGACGGCGUGCAUCCGGCCCGCGCGGCGCAGGUCAAGUCGGCCAAGAAGAGCAGCAGCAAGAAGCAAAUCACCGAGGACGACAUCAAGAACGCCGACAGGGACCCGGAGCUCUUCCUCUCCAACUUUAUGGCGGCGCGCGCGUGGACCGAGGGCGGCGAGCACAACUGGAAGGCCUUUGACUCGGACGACGGCGAAGGCGACGAGGGCGAGCUCUACGACAAGUUUGAGCAGGCUUACAACCUCCGCUUCGAGGACCCCGACAAAUCCAACGCGGCGCUCAAGACGUACUCGCGUGAGAUUGUGAGUGCGCGGUCCGUCCGCAAGGAGGCCGCCAGCACGCGCAGAAAGCAGCGCGACGCCGAGAAGGAGAAGAAGGAGGCCGAGAAGCAGCAGCGCAAAAAGGAAAAGGCGCGGCUGCGCAAGCUCAAGCUCGAGGAGGCCGAGGAGAAGCUCAAGAAGAUUAAGCACGCUGCGGGACUUCGGGGCGAGGAUCUCAAGGACGAGGAGUGGCUGCGCUUCCUCAACGACGCGUGGGAGGACGACCGGUGGGAGAGCGAGAUGAAGCGUCGCUUCGGCGAGGAGUACUACGCCGAGGUCGAAGGCGGUGCCGAAUCGGAUGAUGAGGAAGAGGAGGGCGCGACGGAAGGGAAGAAGAAGAAGAAGAAUAAGCCCAAGAAGCCCACGUGGGACGACGACAUUGACAUCAACGAUAUUAUCCCCGACUUCCAGGACGACACCGAAAACCCUCAAAUCACACUAUCAGACGACGAGGCUGGCGCCGCCGCAGCAGCAGAAGAAGAAGACGACGGCGACUCAGACGAACAAGGCCGCCCCUCCAAAAAGCGCAAGACCACAAAGGACCUGAAGAAGGAACGCAUGGAGUCCAAAAAGGCAGCAAAAGCAGAACGCGCCAAGCUCGAAGCCCUCGUCGACGCCAAAAUGGACCUCGACGUCGACGUCCCCGGCGCCUCCUCCCUCCACAAAUCCGCCACCGAAGCCGCGGCCGCCAACGAGGUCCCCGCCUUCCGCUACCGCGAGACCUCGCCGCAGGCCUUUGGUAUGACGGCCCGCGACAUCCUCCUGGCCCCCUCGGACGCCGCGCUCAACAGCUUCGCGGGGCUCAAGAAGCUCGCGACGUUCCGCGACCAGGACAAGAAGCGCAAGGAUAAGAAGAGGCUCGGCAAGAAGGCGCGGCUCCGGCAGUGGCGCCGGGAGCACUUUGGGGAGGAGUUUGAGCGGACGGGCCCCACGUUUGGCCUGGACGAGGCGGAGGUCAAGGAGAAGAAGAGCCGGAAGAGGGGGAAGCGCGCGGGCACCGAGGCGCGUCGUGAUGGUGCGGCGGAGGAGGAGGAGGACAUUGAGGAUGGCGGCGCCGCGCUUGACGGGUCUGGGAAGAAGCGCAAGAGGUCCAGGGGGAAGAAGAAGGCCGAUGGCGUCGCGGAGGAGUAA